CACAAACACAAUUUGCAUCUUUAAAUCUUAUACAAAUAAGAAUACAGUACAGUUAUCGGCACUUAUGAAGGAGGCCGAGUUGUGCGUCCAAAGUGUGUCAAAGAGAAAGAAUCUCUCUUUCUCUUUUUUUCCCCACUUUUUCAUCGGCGGACCUUUUGCUCGGCCACUCAGACAAAGAUACUGUUAUAUAUAUCUCGUCAUACACUCUUCUCUUGAAAUAUGCUUUACCGCGGGAAAAUCGGUGGGAUCUUUUGGCCCUGACAUUGCAAGCGCGCGCGCGCACAUGCUGAUAUCCUGCUUCCGCACACCACAUCGAUCGCCGUCCGCUUUCGCAAACGCAGUAUCGCGUCGACGGUCAACAGGGUAUCAUCAAUGCAAAUGACACCCCUUUUCUAGCUAGCGCUCGCCGGUAACUUCACUUUUCGAUGUGCUUCGUUUAGUUUUUAGUUGACCCGCGCAUAUUUAUAUAUUUCCUUAUCGAACCUCUUCUCGACCUCAUCCUUCGGUCUUCCAUUCGUUUGGCACCUCAAUUUUGAAGUUUCCGCAUUUGUGAUAACAUCAUCGUUGUUUAAUAAAUUCGUUGACUUCACUUAUCGCAAGGGUGAUAUUAUUUUUCUGUACCGUUUUUGCGAUAAAGAAAAUUCGCCCCGUUCAUGCAGCAUCGUUGGAUGAUUGAAACCAGAAGAAUCUAUUGUCAGUGAGAUCAAAUACAGAAUGGCAAUACUCAGCUGGGAGAAAAUAUUGCUAGUGAUAAUAGCGUUGCUCGGUUUGAGAAUACUUACAAAACUCGCUGUUUUAAUAUGGAAGAAAUUGGUCGCUCCGAAUCUUGGACUCGCAAUCGACCUGAGAACGCAAGGUAGAUGGGCGGUAAUAACUGGUGCGACAGACGGACUUGGCAAGGCGUUCGCCAAGGCGCUUGCCAAGAAAGGUCUGGACAUUGUCCUAGUCUCGCGAUCCAUGUCGAAGUUGAAAGACGCGGCUGCCGAAAUUGAACGGAAAUACCAAGUAGAAACCCGCGUUGUGGAAGCCGAUCUAACGGAGGGCCAAGUGGUUUACGCGGAAAUCGCCAAAACGACACAGGACCUGGAGGUUGGUGUCCUCAUUAACAACGCCGGCGCAAGUUACGACUAUCCCGAGCUAUUUACGCAUGUAUCGGAGGAUGUCCUUGCAAGAAUAUUGCAGCUCAAUGUAGCCGGCGUGACUGGGGUUGCAAGGACAAUAUUGCCUGGUAUGAUGGAACGACGAAAAGGAGUGGUCGUUAAUGUCAGUUCGACAACUGCAGCUAUCCCAAGUCCAUAUUUGUCAGUCUAUGCAGCUAGUAAAGCGUACAUUGCCAAGCUCAGCGCUGACUUAGCCGCGGAAGCGGCACCAAGAGGCGUAACUGUUCAAUGCAUCCUUCCAGGACCGGUCGCUACAAAAAUGUCCAAGAUAAAGAGAGCAACUUGGAUGGCACCUACGCCGGAGAAAUUUGUCGAGGCGACGUUGAAGACAAUUGGCAUCGAAUCGCAUACGACCGGAUAUCUGCCGCAUUCUCUUAUCAUCGGCGUUGUAAAUACGUUACGUUACACAUGUGAAACGGGUGCGGUGUGGCUAGUGACAAGAACAAUGCUCAAUAUAAGAGGACGUUCUCUUCGCAAAAAGGCAAAAGGCGAAAUAAACUCAUCACAGCACGAUACUUUAACCACAAGUUAAUUCUUAAAUUAAAUAUGCGCCUUUGUAAUGUUUCUGUUGUAACAGAGCGUACUAUUUUUUACAUUAUUCUUGAGAGAACACUUGUUCCAAUUAUUUUUCCAUUGUUAUAGUUACUAUAGAAGUUCUUUUUAAGAAAUGGUGCGGUUUUGUGAUUUUUGUUAUUAUUGUUGAAACAAU